AUUAUCUAUUAUUUUCUCGGCAUUCAAACAGCUUUAAAACAGAACUUGAUCACUUUUUAUUGAUUCGAUGAUUAUCUGUGAAAAUCUAUCUCGUUUAACAAAUACCGAAAUGACCAAGAUGAUGAAUCAUUUGGUGUCAAGCACGGACAAUAUGCAGAGGGAAAGAGAGAGGGAAGACGAUUUUUUUCAUUCCGAUGAGCCGCUAGCUAGUUUCGAUGGGUUUGGUGGCUUUGGUUCCAGAAGUAUGUUCUCUAGCCCUUUUGGUGGGAGGGAUCCCUUUAACGAUCCCUUCUUCUCUCGCCCAUUUGGUACUGCUUCUAGUCACACUCAUACUAUGGAGACGGGUACGGAAAAGGGUAUUGUAAUAGAGGAACUGAAUUCCGAUGAAGAGGAACUGGAACAGGAAGAUAGAGGCCAGGCCCCUGGGGAUGAGAAAAUUUAUAGUCGAAAGUAUUCCGGAUCAAGCAAAGAACCAUCUGUUGAGCAUCCAGAUGAUGUUGGAGAUGCAGAGAGGAAAAGCAAGAAUGUGACCUCUCAGAAUGAACCAAACAAGGCCAAAGGGGAACAGCACCAGAAUCGUAGCUAUAGUUUUUGCAAAGUCACUUAUGGUGGUGUUGAUGGAGCAUAUUACACCUCCACAAGAACUAGAAGGGGAGGUGGUGAUGGGAUGAUUGUCGAGGAGACCAAAGAAGCAGAUAAAACAACAUGUCAAGCAACACAUAAAAUCUCAAGAGGAAUUCACGAUAAGGGUCAUUCUGUCACAAGGAAGCUUAAAUCUGAUGGUAAGGUGGAUACAUUGCAAACUUUACACAAUCUAAAUGAAGAUGAGCUUGCUGGUUUUGAAGAUGCGUGGAAUUGUAAUGUCGAAGGACAAUUACCUGGCUGGAAAGCUGGAUCCGGUACACAUGAUUUUGCAGGUUCUAGCAGCAGCGAACACAGGGGAGGGACAAGCUGGGGGAGUUGGCUGCUUCCAGCAACAAAGCAAGCUGAAAAGACCAGAGGAGCGGGAGCAGAAGAUCAAGCCAGAACCAGCGGUGGUGGAAUAGGGAAAAAAGUUGUUAGAAUUAAUAUAGAAUAAUCAUUGAAAUGUGUCGCAAUUAGUAGUAAUGAGAUCUGGAUUGGUACUAUUGCCACCCCAAUUAAAAAAAAAAAAAAAAAAAGGAACUCUGGAUUGAUUUAAAGUCAUUGGUAAAAAUUAAUAUAUGGAGAAGUACUAAUGUCCUACAUUGGUAUUAUUGCCCAAUUGAGUAAUGAGAUCUGGGUUGGAUACGAAGUCUCUGGUGAAAAUUGAUAUUGAACACAGCUUGUCAUCCUACGUGGUACUAAUAUCCGAUAAAGUAAUGGCAUGUAUACUUAUUUGUUUGACACCUUUAUAAAGUCAGAGUGCUCGAGGAAAGUUUAAUUUCAUUUCUCCUCUUUGGUUAGAAUUAAUAACACAGAGAGCUUUUCA